AGAGUGCCAACUGAGGACUUGGAUGUUGUGGAAAAGAAGAAAAAACCAAGUGUGAAGAAAACUGUUUAAUUGUGUUAUUGCCAAUCCCAAUCCGCACAACACGUUUGGUGCUCGUGUUCAAACUUGGAAUCCAAGCGCUGACCCCAAAAUUAGUCAUAGUUUCAUAAUUCAGUUCAUACCAAUGUCUCGCUGAGUCACAGGCGCUAAUAAAACCCUCUCUCUUUCUUUCUUUCUAAGCAGAAGAAGAAGAGAAAAAGAACAGAAAUGGGUAUGGGUAUGGGUAUGGGUGGGGGCAAAGGAGUUGUUUGGUUAAAAGUAGUAGCAGCAAUGGCGGUGAUAGCGAGCGUGGGCUUAGUAGCAGAGGCUCAGCUAGUAGCAGAGGCUCAGCCAGAGGCCAAGUUCAAGUGCGGGAUGGAGAACGCGACGUGUCACGGCCUGAUAGACUACAAGCACCCAAACGGCACGACACUGGGCGCAAUCCAAACGCUGUUCAGCGUGAAGCACCUGGUGGACAUCCUGGGAGCAAACAACCUUCCCACAAACACCACUAAGAACUACCGAAUCACACCGGAGGAGGUUGUUAAGGUGCCGUUUCCGUGCAAGUGCUCGAACUCGACGGGACUCUCCAACGGGGUUCCUCUUUACAAAAUUAAAAAAGGGGACACGCUGAACGACAUAGCCACCACCGUUUUCGCGGGUUUGAUGAAGUACCCCCAGAUCCAGGUUGCAAAUAAGAUACCUGAUGCUAAUAAUAUCACUGCUGGAGAUACCCUUUGGAUUCCCCUCCCAUGUAGCUGCGAUCAGGUGGGUGGCAGCAGUGUCGUGCACUAUGCCCACCUUGUCCAAUCUGGCAGUUCCGUUCAAGCCAUUGCUGAUCAGUACGGUACCACCCAGCAGAUUCUACUCACCCUCAAUGGGAUUACUGACCCCAAGACUCUUGAGGCUGGUCAAAUUCUCGAUGUUCCCCUCCGAGCUUGUUCCUCCAGUGUGAAAAAUGACUCCUUGGAUUCCCCUUUGCUUGUUGCAAAUGCCUCUUACGCUUAUACUGCUAAUGAAUGCGUCAAGUGCAAGUGCGAUUCCGGUAACAACUACAUAUUGCAAUGCGAGCCAUCCCAACUCAAACCAACCAACUGGUCCGUUUGCCCCUCUAUGGAAUGCUCACCAAACAUCUUCAUCGGCAACACCACCUCUACAGAUUCAUGCAAUCGCACAACCUGUGACUAUACUGGUUAUAGCUCCCGCAAUAUCUCUACCGCACUUGUAACACACGACACUUGUGCUGUGCCACCAAGUGGUUCAGGUUCAGGGGCAUCCAGGAGCACUAUACAAGCCUUGCUUUGGAAUAAUCUUUUCGUUGGCAUUCACUUUCUCCUCUUUUUUGUCUAUGUUUUGUAGUAAAGUACCCUUCACUCUUGCACCCAUUUUUUUAGUGGAUUUGUCCACCUGUAAUUUUCUCGAUGUUUUGUCAUGUCAGUGUCGCCACAAUUGAACCUUUUAUGUUUUACCUUUGCAAUCUUUGUAACUUGAAUAAAUGUCUGAAAGAAAAGGAGUAAUAUCUGAACUAUUGUAAUGUGUACAUUUUUCGGCACGCACUCCUAUUCACCCACCUAUUCAUGAUUUAUCCAAAUUCCGAAUACAAGAUAUAAAGUAAGCAUGUAAGAAAACCUUGGUUUG